GUUAGGGAAGUUAUUUCGUCACAUCCCUUGACGUGUUAUCUCUUGGUAGUUGUAGUUUUAUUUGUCUACAGCUUUGAGGGAAAAGGCGACCGAGGCUCUAUGUGUAUAUGCGAAUUCUGUAUCUUCUUCGCUGCAGAGUAUGGUAGGAGCUUGGCUGCUGGUAGAAGGCACUAUUUGGUAGCUCAUGGCAAUACCAGGCGAGAUGGAAGCGGUCCCUCCUCUUAUUGGUGCCCCCUGAUCCCAGCCAGUGGCAGCCAGGAGGAAGCUAAAGGAGCGGACUGGGCCCUUGGAUUCAGGCAGUGAAUAUGCACCUUCUGCAGAUCAGCAGAUGGAUCCAACAUUUUGUUGCGUUUGUUCAAACAACAGAAUUGUCUGGAAAUAACAGAACACUCUAUAAAUAAGUACGUUCGACUGGAUUGGAGAUUCAUGACUGAGGCACUGAAAAGACUUAAAGAUGCAGAAAAACCAUUUGGGCGCAAAGGCUCAAGUUAAGUUUGAUGAAGUGGCAGUGUAUUUCUCUAAGCAGGAGUGGGGGUAUCUGACAGAAAGACAGAAAAUGCUUUAUGCCAAUGUGAUGCUGGACAACUACGAGACUCUGUGCUAUCUUGGUUUAAUUCAUGAGAUCCCAGACAUCAUAACCAGGAUUUGGCAAGGCCAGGACCAUAAUGAUCUCCCUUUAAAUAUAGUAGGUUGGGGAUCCAUCAGGAUUAAGGAAGAAGAACCGUGCACUCCUUUCUACCUGGAAGAUUUGGCCAAUCAGCAGAGGAGUAUUCGCACAGAAUACUGGCAAAGAGAUGGAGGGACCUGUAGGAAACUCUACUGUUCACAUGAGCAACUGGCUACAUUUUCAAGAGAAGACAGAGUGCAGCUUGCAUCUUUGUGCAAUGAUAGUUGUGUAACAGCCAUUCAUGUAUAUGGUAAUAAUGGAUCAGACCAGGAGCCAUGUAAUGAAGGAGUCACUAAAAGGGCUGAAUGCAUGGCUGGGUUAAACUCCCAAACAGCAGAAAAAUACUACACAUGUACGGAAUGUGGAAAGGGCUUUAACCGUAGCUCCCAUCUUUUAAGGCACAAGAGAAUCCACAUAGGAGAGAGACCUUACUUCUGUGGUAAAUGUGGAAAAAGUUUCAUUGACAAUUCUCAGCUUGUCAUACACAAGAGAACCCACACUGGGGAGAAACCUUAUGCUUGCAAUGGCUGUGAGAAAAGCUUUAUCUGUAAGUUGCACCUUGUUAGGCACCAGCGGUCCCAUACUGGGGAGAGGCCAUACAUCUGCAGUAAAUGUGGGAAAGGCUUUGCGCAGAGUUCCAAUCUUUUAACUCACCUAAGAACUCAUACAGGGGAGAAGCCUUAUUCCUGUGCUCAGUGUGGGAAAUGCUUUAUGCGCAGGUCACAUUUGAUACGGCAUCAGCGCAUACACACUGGGGUGGGUCCUUAUGGCUGCACUGAAUGUGGGAAGAGCUUCACAGAAAGUUCAGCUCUCCUUAAACAUCAGAGAACCCAUACAGGGGAGAAACCAUAUGCAUGCACUCAGUGUCCAAAGAGCUUUAUGGACAAGUACGCCCUCGCAAAUCACCAGAGAACACACACUGGGGAGAGGCCUUAUCCGUGUAGGGACUGUGGGAAAAGUUUCUCUCACUGUUCUGCCCUUGUGAAGCAUCAGAGAAUCCACACUGGGGAAAAACCAUACGCCUGCGGCAAAUGCGAAAAAAGCUUUUCCCAGAAGACGGCUCUUGUGAACCAUCUGAGAACCCAUACUGGUGAGAAACCGUUUGCUUGCACCGACUGUGGCAAGUGUUUUACUCAGAGUUCUUCUCUUGUGAAACACCAGAGAACUCACACUGGAGAGAGACCAUAUACCUGCAAUGAGUGUGGGAAAAGCUUCACUUACAGCUCAGUACUUGUCAAGCACCAGAGAACCCACAAAAAAGAGUGGUUAGGUACAUAGGGCUGUCAAAUCUAUAGUAUAACUUAAGCUCAACUUCAUUAUUCUUUCCAUUAAAUGUAGCCAUUUUAUAUUA